CAAUCCGAUCACUUAAAGCGGGCCAAGCGAAUCCUAAACAAUCCAUCCGUCGUACAGGAAUUAGCCCUAGUUACUUUCGAAGGUUGGGCUUGUUGGUCCGAGAUAUCGCUCAUUCAGAGAAAUACUGGCUCUGGUUUGAGACAUGUACGCUUCCAUUUGAAAAGCUGCUAUUACAUGAAAUGACAGAGCUGUUGGAUGCAAAAUAGCACGACAGAAAACAUGUCAAAUGAGAGACGAACGGGCACAGUCUUUAUUUUCAUGAAGACAUGCUGUUGGUGACACGCAUGGACUGGGAAGACGGGGACAUGCACCCCUAAAGUGACGCCGGGGAAGUAUCAUGGAGGAAGAGAUUAGUUCUGACUCCCUGGCUACAAGCGAGGAGUAUGAAAUCGUAAGCAGUGGUGCAGAACCGCAGUUGAGCAUUGCAGGCGACGGCAGUGUCGACCAGCUACGUAGCAGCCUCAGCGAGGUCUUGAAGGAAGGCAGUACAAGUGGAGAUCCCUCUAGGCCAGCAGCUAUGGAAGAGGGGAAGCCUUCUUCGUCUCCUUGUGAGGCAGGACCAGAGGCCCCUCCAGAGCCUAGUAUCGUCCUCAUGGGAGUACCUUCUGGAGAUGGUACUCCGUCAGAUGGGUCUGAUAAUGGAUGCAUAAAACGGGUCAUUCCUGCUCCCAAUGACAGCUCGGGCACACACAGCGAAGAUGAGGUGCAAGGAGGCACCGGGGGCUCGGUGGCUUUCACCUCCGUGGUGUACUUGGGAUGUGCAGCAAUUAAUGCUCCGCGGAGCGAAAUGGAGAUUCAGCGCAACAUGGCCAUCCUCAACGACCAAGCCACCAGCCAAGACAACAUCCGCGUCACGCUUCUGGUUCCCCCAGACUCCGAGGGCACUGUGCUGGUUUAUGAAAGCAGCACUAACAGUGAGGUAGCCAGCUUUCCCAUUCACCGCAUCCUCUUCUGUGCCAGAGGCUCCCAGGGGUCACCCGAGCAGAAUUGCUUUGCGUUCACGUGUUCCCAUGGAGCCACGCCUGAAUCCGCCAUCUUCCAGUGUCACGUCUUUCGGUGUCCUGCUGGGCCCGACGCAGUCCUCAGAGUACUUCAGAGUUUUGCCGCAGCAUUCCGUCGUGUCCCGCGUGUUCCCGGGUCUGCAUCCGUGGCAUCGUCGAGGUCUGGGUCUGUGAGCUCUGUGGGCACGUGUGUUCGCAACAAUGAGCGUGUGCACACAUUUGAAGCCACACUAGAUGUCAGAGAAGAGGACCAAAAGGGUAACUUUUCUCCGUGCGCCCGUGACAAAGACUACUUCAAAUUUCGUUGCAACCUGGAGAAGGUGGUACAAGUGACGGUACAGCAAGCUGUUUCCAGCAAAGAAAUGAGCAUUGAGAGGUGCUUCGGCAUGCUGAUAUCACCGGGACGUCACGUCAAGCACAGUGACAUGCAAGUUGUGGAAAUGGUGUCGAUGGCCAAGUCCUCGAGCGGCACCGAGCCCACAGUGUACCAGAUCACUGGACGGUGGAAUCCCAUGAACCCCCUCUUCGAAGUGUUGAACUCUGAAACUUCUAGGGACACGCGUGUGUAUCUUACUGUGGCAGUGGACCUCGUUGUGUGUGGCGUGCGAGAACCUUUGAGGUUUGUCUUCGAGACCAAGGCCAAAAUCUUCCCCCAAGGAGAGCGUUUUUGGUACUUCAACAAAAAGCCCUUCCAAGAACAAUUCUACGUUCGGCUCAGAGAGGUUGACCCUGAGCAGGCAACCGGAGAGCAUCGACUGGACGUUGUGGGUAUCAACAGUGCCAGUCAGAUUCAAAGGAAAGCUGCAUUGUCGCUAGCCUUGGACACAAAUAGUACUAGGAUGCAGUCUUCUGGGACCAUGGAUCCCUCGCCAGCGCAGGACCCAACUGACCCUGAAUCAGAUGGAGACGAACCGCUUCUGAGCGGCACUGGAGAGGUUAGCAAGGACUGCCCAGAAGCCUUACUGGAAGAUUGGGCACAAGCCCUACAACGGUGGCGACAGCUAUCGGAGCAACACUCUGCAUCCUCUGGUGGCUCACAAUCCACGACCCAGACAAGACCGAAACAAGUGUCCGUUCUCGUGAGGCGGUCUGGUAUCCCAGAGGCGCUCAGGGGCGAGGUUUGGCAGCUGCUGGCCGGCGUCGUACACGACGGGGUUGACCCUUACCUGGAGGCGUACCGUGUGCUGCUGUCACGAGAAUGUCCGUGUGAAAGCGUCAUCCAGCGAGACAUCAACCGCACCUUCCCCGCUCACGAGUUUUUCCGAGAGAGUGGAGGGGCGGGGCAGGACUCACUUUACAAGAUUUGCAAGGCGUACGCCGCGCAGGACCCUGAAGUUGGUUAUUGUCAGGGGCUUUCGUUUCUGGCAGCGGCACUGCUCUUGCACAUGCCUGAGGAACAGGCAUUUGGUGUCUUCUGCAAGAUCAUGGGGGAAUAUGGCCUGAGAGACUUGUUCCGUAACUCAUUUGAGUUCCUGCAUCUGAAGCUGUUUCAAUUGGAACGUCUCGUGGAGGACCAGCUCCCGGAGCUGUUUGCUCAUUUCAUGGACCUCCAUGUGGAAGCACACAUGUUCGGCUCUCAGUGGUUUCUGACGCUGUUCACGGCAAAGUUUCCUCUCCAUGUUGUCUUUUUCAUACUGGAUUUCUUUCUGCUUGACGGUAUGGACACAAUCUUCCAAGUGGCGAUGGCACUGUUAACGCUAUCAAUGCGAGAUCUGCUGGCACUCGACUUUGAGGGGGUACUAAAACACUUCCGGGUAGCCAUUCCAAAGAAGUACCGUUCGGAAGAAAUGGCACUGACAUUGCUGCGUACAGCUGUCGGUAUCAAAGUGAAAAAGCUGAAGAAGUACGAGAAGGAAUACUACCAACAGAAAGAACAGGAGAAGCUAACUGAAGAUCCCAUUGAGACGCUUAAUAAAGACAAGAGGCGUCUCAUGGAAAGUAAUCAGCGUCUCGAACAGGAAAACGAUGAACUGGCAUACGAGUUGGUCAACAGCAAGAUACAACUGCGGAAGGAUCUGGAUUCUGCCGAAGAUCGGGCAGAAACUUUGUCUAAGGAGCUGCAAGGAGCUCGUACUUCACUCACUGAGCUGGAAGAAGAGAAACGGCGCCUUGAAACUGAGGUCGGGCAGCUGAAGGAAAUGUGCCGACGAGAACUUCAACAUGCUGAGCAGGAAAUUAAACGGAAUAGUACCAUCAUCUCAGAAUACAAGCAGAUAUGCAGCCAACUCAGCCUCCAAGUCGAAAAAGAGCAGCGUCGUGCUCGUGAAUCUCUCAUGGUGGUGCGUCAGGCGGUUGGCACAUGCGAGCAUUGUGCCCCCUUGCUGCUCAAUGAAGGCGACGGCAUAAACACGAAGGUCUCUUCUGCAAGUUUGCCGGUGCGAGACGAAAAGAAACCUCAGUGGGACGAGGGGGACCGUUCCUCCGUCGACAGAGAAACUCAAGUGCGGGAGCUUGAGCUUGAGCUUGCACAGACAAAGUUGGCACUUGUAGAGUCUGAAUGCAAGAACCAGGACCUUACCCACCAACUAAAUGCCAUGGUGGCCGAGCUUCAGUCCUCAAAGAACACGUGGCUCCACAAGACCCUGUCAUCAAUCCGAGAAGUUGGUCGCAAGGACUCUGUGCCCAAGGACAUGACAGCUUAGGUUGAAAACAGUACUAUAAAGUUACAUGGCAGGCACAUGGUGUGUCACUACUUCAUUUUGCAUUGAAGCACUACUCCACGGGAAGGCAAGUGAGGUUUCGCUAUGGCAGGUUCAUAGUGGAACGAACGCGCAGCUGUACAGAAGAACACAAGUGCUGGAAUCGCUGUGUCCUGUUCAUUUUGCAGAUUAAUACACUAUCUCAGUUGCGGCUGUACGAACAGUACUUUCCUCUCGAGCGCAAGUUAUACUGCGAGAUAGUCGACUGAAUAGAAAUUUAAUAAAUCUCAUUAUGGUAUUCAAUCAGCGAAUAGUAAAACAAAUAGUUCAGAAUAGAAUGUAGUGUAACUAUGUAAACUGAUGGACAAAAUAAUUGUAGAAUGAGAUAAGCAUAGGUAAAAUAUUAUUUAUGUGUGAUGGGACUUAACAUCAUGCCCUUGCAUAUUUGUGCUAAAAAGUUACUUAAAAAAAAGCACGGGCUAAUGUCUGUCUACAUAAUAGACACCUGUCCCAAUAGGGCUUAUUACGCUUGAGAUAUGACAUGAACACGUGGAAUAAUGAUUGGUCAAUUUUUCAUUUGUUUUGUGGGCAUUGUCACACAUAUGCCACGAGGCUGCGAAUGAAAAUAGUGAAUAAACGAAAAAUAGCGAUCUGAUUGCAGUGUUUGCCUUGUGGCAACAUUGGGUAGUGGGGGACGUAUGCAAUCUCAGACGGACGUUUAGGCGAUUUCAAAUAAUAUAGCGAUCAUGAACAACAGGUACAAAUGUGUUCCUUUCAUUUCCUGUUAAUGUAAUGCGCACAGAUGCAGAGAGUGGCCCUUAACAGUAGUUUCUGCACACUGUGUCUCUGACCUCCUAAGUGCUGCGCACGUUAGUUACCUUUGUUACAGAGUGUGAUCUAGCCAACACAUGUAUUCUGCAGUGUCGUGGCACUAUCUGGCCCUAGUUGCACUCGUGCCAUAAAACACCAAAACACCAAACAUAUUCUGUACACUUGACAAUAUGAUGUUUUUUUGUGUGUGUGUCCGAGUCUAAUGGUUUGCGCAGUUAUAGCACAAGUGCUGCUCAAUUUUUUUUUUUUCACAUGUGAAGAAUGUUUGAGAACAAAUAUUAGAAAGCAUGGACUACUGUAUGUGCUGCUUCCUGUACAUGGAAUUACUUGAAAAAAACAAAACAAAAAAAACAUGGGUAGUUCUCUCCCAAUGCCGAAAGUUCCAAGAUAACAGGUUCAUAUUAUAUUUUCUGAAACAUUUGCACAGCUCUAUGUUAGUAACUUUAUAUUCUGCUGAUGUACACGUGUUUGCAAAUGUGUUGACGUAUUCCUUCUACCAAUAGUUGCCACGAUUACCCGAAAUGUUUAACGUGACCGUUUGUUUUAACGGUCAUGACCGUGCAGAACGAUGAAUAAUUACAUUGAUUUAGCACAUUCUCCUGGAAGUUGAAGUGCAUGAGCUUGAAGUGGGGCUACUUUGUUCCAUGAGGCUAUUCCAUUAACAUUCCAGUGGUUGAGGGUAAGUGUUCUGGUACGUGACAAAACGUGUUACGGUAAUGCUAUUCCGCCAGCGGAUGCUUGUAAUUGGCUGCUGUGAUGAUAUUGGUGAAAUUUAAAUGGUUGCACACUAAUGGUCGCUAUAGUAGAAGAAAUGUGUUUUUAAUUCUUAUAGAAAAUGUUUAGGAAAAAUAUAUUCGCAUUUUUGCAUGUUCUGUGAAGAGGAUGCCUUUCUAGUCUAGCAAGUGAGAGAAACUGUCAGACAGACUGAAAGACAAAUUUGCUUGGCUCCAGCUGUUUGCUUGAAAGUUGCAAAGUGAAACUGUACUUAGAAACUGCAUUCCAUAGAGAAAUACAAAAGGACUGGUAUGUAGAUAAUGCGCACAGUGUGUGAUUCUUUCCGUAUAACAAUACUGAAGAAGCUAUUUUAGUAUUGAAAGUGUCACAAUUCGUUGCUGUUACAUUGUUACAUGCAGUAUUCACUGUGGACUGGAAUGCAGCCCUACAAAAUUGAGACGUCCGCAGACACCAGCAAUGAUGGCUCAUAAAUUUAGAAUGUCUGGGAAGGAAGGUUCCGUACUGAAUGCAGGUUCGCGGUUCUUCGUGACCGUAUUCGUUCGUAUGGCAGGGCAAAGACUUUGCCUUUGUCCAACGUUGCAGGUGUCUGUAAAAUAAGUGGAACGUACGGAAAAGGAAAAGUAAGAAUACAUCAAUUCAGUAUCGGUACACUGGAGUGUGACGUCAUCAGUGGAAAUGCACUGGUUUUCGCAAGAAUUGGUGAUGGGUCCUAUACUUUCAUCUUUAUAGCUAGCUGAUACUGACCACUGCCAGGACUGCAGUCUUACCAUUUUUCCCACUUUCCUCAGCAUAACAUGUUAUUUGAGGGAAGCCAAUUUCCAGGUUUCUCAAGGCAGAUCCUUCCCUGCCUGUGUGUCUUUCAUAUAUGUGAAAGACAUUGCAAAAUAUGGGGGAUAACUUCAUGUACCUUUCCAUUGCGCUCCUCGAAUUUACGGUCCCUAAAUAUUACUACAGUGUAGAACAUUUGUAGUAGUCUUCCUUUUGAGUAAAAUACCGUAGAAGUAAUACUUCCAUGGGAAUGGCUUUCACCGUGUAGAGAACUGAGUGUGUGCUCUUGUAGUGCAUGUAGUAAAUGGUCUACCGCACACUGUACAGUUUCUUCUUAAAUACUAUCCAGUACCUUCUUCACUUCUCUGUGCUUCAGAUGUUCAGUGCAUCCAUUCCAGGGACAACAUCAAGUCCAGCAGCUUCUCUAGUAUGAGUGCGCUUUCAGCAUGCUGUCUGCAAUUUUUGUGCUAGGUGACCAGUAGCACAGGGCUGCCGAUUCAUGCUACUUUUUCCAACUUGGAAAUUUUGUGGGACCACUGAACUUCAAAUUUCUGUCCUUGGUCACACCAUUGUUAGCAAUGUGCGAGAUCAUGAAAUCUUAUGGGAACACUGCGGCUGCUUUUUGCAGCUGAAAACUUUUUCUUUUUUUCUUUUUUUUUACGGAUGACUGCCACAGGGAUGGCAUUCAGGUGGACAGGCAAUGCUGUGAGCUGCGGCUUGGAAACAUUUCCCUUGCCCCGAAGGAAGUAGCCGGCCAUCAUUUGAUACAGGCCCAAAUAAAUGGGGACAUAGCUUCGCAAAAGUGAGUGCGCUGAUAAAAUUGAUCUGGCUAUUUGUGCAUGCGAAACGGUGCAAGCAGACUGCGCUUCAUGACAAAUACGUACUUGUCCUGCUUUACGACGUUUACUCACUGCAGUCAGUGCGGUUCUGCGACACCCAAAGAAAAUGUCGCUGACAAAAUUUUCAGUAAUAAAAUAUUCUUCCUUGGAUAUCAUGUUGGCAAUCCAUGCCUCUUUGGUGUCAUAAAUGCAUCAAUACCCUAUUCAGCGUAGUAAAUUACCGGACUUUGAACAUUUUAUGCAGCAAUGAGGUGUACAUGGAUGGUGUGCACAAUAUUAUGAAACUUUUUUAAUGCUCUUUCUCGUGCAGAACUUCAGAGCUCACAAGUAGCAUUGGUGACCGUGAGCUGAUUGUAAAAGUGACUACAGCUGCUUUUACAUGAGCUUGAAUCUACGUUCAUUACAGAUCUAAUUUGCGCUGCAUUUCAGUCUGCCAUGAAUGCCUUCGUGACACACAUUGCACAGCUGCUCUCAUAAGAACAUUCUUUCCAUGACAAACAUGCCGGAAACAUGUUUAAAGGGGCUGCGACGCUUCAGCAUACGUUGUUCAUUGUAUCACGCAUGCAUUGUACUGCACGACGAAGUCCUUAGGGGAAAAAUAUUUUUCUCAAGAUGUCGUAGACGGCUAACUCCAAACCUUUGAACACGAGUACAGGUCAAGCUGUGACGUCAGAAGAGAGCCUCGACCGUUCCUAUUGGUUCUCGUAAGCACGUGACCUCUCUUACAUCCGCCUUGCUGUGACGCAUCGACCCAAGUCAGUAUGUCGGGAAAGCGAAAGAGACGAUUGUUUGCGUCGAUGUGAACGUGCCAACCACUCACUAAUGCUUGCCUGGUUCACACUGCUGCAUUACGGAUGCGGCGCGGCACGGUUGUCAUGGGAACGAACUACGGCGAACGGAACCGAACUCCGUGCGGUACGGGUUGCCUCCGGCUACGCAGCUAACCAAUGAGAGCAGGCGCAUCACUGCCCGUUCAUGAAUCACUGGAGAAGAGUGAAGUCCGGGUGGAGAGGGUGAGGAGAGGAGGCGUGGUUGGUCAAACAAACACUGCGCAAGCGUUUUCCGUCUCAAGAACGCAUGCGUCAGAACAGCGUGUCGCGCGACAACCGCAUCCGAUCCGUACCCACAAUGGAGCGAAGUUGCAGUGUGAAAUAUGUACAGGGUGUUUCACGAAAAAUGAGCCAAAAAGACGAACUGCAUUGUGUUACCAGUGACGUGACGAUACUCAAACUAGUUUUUGUUUUGUAAUUAAGUGAAAUUAAUUCUGCUGCUCACGGGGCGGAUGUUCUGCCGCGUCUCAUGUUGAGCAUUCGCAACGCCCAGGAUUAUCGGGAGUGGCGUCUGCGCAAGCGUACUAGAAUAGUGCAGAGCGCCCUGUGAUUGGUCUCCUCAAACGAUUAUGUCCGAUCAUCCAACGGGAGACCGUUUGAGGAGACCAAUCAGAGGCGUCUCCGCACUGUCGGGCUUCUUGACACGGAGAGAAGAGGGAAAACGUACAUUAACGGUUUCGUUCGGAUUACGGAUACGGAAAUUUUUGCCGCAUACGGACGUGCCUGUUCCCGUUGUUUCGGCAUCUUUCACUCCGCGAGCAUAAAUUUUUGCCGUCAGUGCCCCUUUAAUACUCUGGCGUAGUACAGUGCGUGCAUAGUGCAAUAAGCCACGUACAUCAAAGUGUCAGAACCUCUCGUGAAAAUGAGGGUGAGCGUGCACAUAACCGAUAUUAUACACAUACCAGUGGGGGUGCCGUUCUUCUGUGUUCUCUCGUUUCUACGUAUACAUUUUUCGUGCAUGAGUGUGGUACGGUACAGUAUACUGUAUCCUUGUUUCGUAUGGCCUAAGAAAUCUGGUGUGUUUAGCAGGCUGUACCGCGUACUCUUUUUCUUUCCUUUGUACUUGUUGCACGUUGCCAUGACGCGAAGUUGUGUUCAAGUGGCAUAAUUGACAGUCGUACGCGAAAGUGUGCACUAACUCGAGUCACGUGUCAUGUAAAUAAAGCUAAGCUUGGUA